GUAGCAUACACUGUUACAUCACUUCCACAAAAUGGCUGCGCCCUUGGAGGACGACGAGGACCCGGUCUCCGAAAACUUUUACUCACUUUUGAAUGUAUCUACAGAUGCAUCAACAGAUGAAAUCAACUAUGCCUUCCGCCGACUAAGCAAGACCUACCACCCAGACAAACACACAGACCCAGUGAAGAAGAAAAAGGCGGAAGUUAUAUUCAAUAAACUUAAACGUGCAAAUGAAGUUCUGAAAGACCGACACAAGAGGACAAUCUAUGACAUGUAUGGAGAGAAAGGUCUUGAGACAGAAGGUUUGGAGGUUAUAUCGCGGACCAAGUCUCCAGCUGAGAUUAUUGCGGAGUAUGAGCGUCUCCAGCGGGAGAGAGAGGAGAGACGACUUCAACAGAGAACAAACCCCAGGGGAAACGUGACUGUGGGAAUCAAUGCUACUGAUCUGUUUGACAGUUAUGGCAGCUAUGACUCAGACCCUGACUAUGGACAGAGCACGAUGGUGGAAAUGAGCAGUAUGAGUAUCUCCCAGUCUGUGGAGUGUCCGCUGACAGUGAAAGAUACCGCCAUCAUCUCGGGGAAUCUCUCAACACAGAAUGGAACCGGGACAGGAGCGUUUCUAGCUUCAUGGCGGAGACUGACAUCAGACAAAGGAUGGAUGGAGGUCGAGACUGUGUUUGGAAAUGGGCUUGGGGGAAGUAUUAAAGGAUUUCGCCAGUUGACCCGAAGAUGUUACGGCACCUGUGCGGCAUCUCUACAGGGGACGUCGCGAACACUCCGGCCAGUUCUCUCAUCAACAAUAGCAUAUCAGUUCGACCGGCAUCUCCAAGGUCGUAUGACAUGGAACAUGGGCUUCCAGUCGUCCAUGACGACCGCCAUGGUGUAUGACUCUCAACAGUAUCAUAGCGCACUGGUGUUGAUGAUGGGCAUGAGGAAGGCGUGGCACGUUCAGGCCAGCGUGACGAGGAAGUUCCAGGAGCACGAGGCCAAACUCAGAGUUGCUGUAAAAAUUGGUUCCCAUGGUUACCUACUAGAGUAUGGUUUUGAGAAGAAGAUCACCCAGUUCAGCUUCUUGGGCGCCACCAUGGGGAUCAGCCUCCCCCAUGGCAUCCACCUCCGAGUCAAAUUGUUCCGUGGUACUCAGACAUUCUUGUUCCCAGUCCACCUCUCCGAGACAUUGUCCCCAGCGGCAGUAUUCUAUGGAACAGUCCUUCCUGUGAUUGCCUUCUUCGUUGUCCGCAACCUCAUCGUCAACCCCUUCCUGAGACAGCAGAAAGAAAAGGAGCUAGAGAAGACGAGAAAGGAACACUCCGAGAAACUGGCUCAGAGGAAAACAGAGGCUGAGGCUGCCGUGGAGCUGAUGAAGGAGACAGUGGAGAGGAGUCUGGAGGCGGAGGAGAAGAAGGGGGGUCUGGUCAUCAUCAAGGGGCUGUACGGCAAGCUCAUCACUGACGAUGAUGGGGAGCUGAUUGACAGAGAGUGUUUAGAUGUCAGCAUCCCUCUCCAGGCUCUGGUCAAGGAGUCCAAAUUGAUCCUCCCGGAGAACACAACAAAGAGUGGCCUACCAGGGUUCUAUGACCCGGUGAUUGGGGAGACAAAGACACUGUUUAUCAGAUACAAGUUCCGACACCGGUUCCAUCAAGUCACCCUCGCAGACACAGAACCAAUCAGGCUUCCCCAGCAGAAGCAUCUUAUCAAGGACGAGCUUACAUCAUCAUCUUCGAGAUCUUGACACUCGGAAGCAGCAUCAUUUGUACAGAGUGUGACUGUGAUGCCAGUGUAUGAGUGAGUGUGAAUGUCGACGGUUGUGUGAUUGUGUAACCUGCUGUGAUCUGCCAAGGUACUAACAGAGAACCCAGCUCACUCCUGCCAACCUGCAUCGACCUCCCUCUUAUUCCAGGCCGAGAUCCUCCUUAUCAGGAUAAAUAACUCUUUGGAGCACUUGACCAAAUAACAUAAGAUACCCACAAAUGAACGUUCUCUUGCUCGAAGGAUAUCCAAAACGGGAACUAUACUCAAACUCAGAUCAGGAAUUGGUCUAGAUAGUGCAAGGUGAGCUAUAUGUGAAACUGGGAACCUGCCGUGAGAGUCUAGUCUGUAAACAUUAGUGUGUUAGUGGUUUUCUGCUGUAGUGGAGAUAGGGAAGGGGGUGGUGUGGCAACAUGGAAGGACAAACUUUUGGAACAAUUAUUUUCGGAGAAAAUUCCAGGCCCCCACCCCUCUGAACAUCAUAUGGUUGGUCUCUAAAGAUACCAAGGAUGUUAAUCUGAUUAACAUUGAAAUAACUCUUCUCUGGAACAAGAGGAUGAGUGAAAUGAGCAGAAUAUUGAGAUACAGGAACUGAACUGUACAAUGUUGUCAUCUUGCUGGAAAUAGAGUGUUUACAGUUAGGCCAGGCAUUUUUUAUGUUUAGGAUUACAGAUUUUUCAGCCCAAAGUCCAGGGUUGGAGG